CAUCAGACAUAUUUAAAAAUGUUGUGUUUUGAUUAUUACCACAUGGAUAUAAUUGAUUUUGCAAUGAAAAUUGACAAAUGUCACGUAAACGGUAUAGAUGUAAACACAUUAUGUUAUGACUGCUGCUAUUAUUGCUUUAUUAAGGUUGUUGGUUUUAACACUGACUUAGAAAGUUUAAAAUAAUCAAAAAUAUCAAGCUUACAUUUUGGUUAAUAUUAUAUUUGUCAUUUAUUUUAGGAAUUAAAAUAUCCGUGUUGAACCAUGACAGAAAGAAAGUUUGAGUUUUCUUGUAAAGAAGAGCUUCUCAGUUGCAGAGGACAUGACUGUCCAUACUGUACAAAAGCAGUCACAAGAUCAGAUGAGCAUUUAUUGAAGCGUCAUCUGAGAUUUGCCAUACAUUACACUGAAGGUGACACUAACAAAUUUUCAAUUCCAUGCUACUGCCCAGAUGUAAAACAAAGUAAAAGGAGCCAUUGGCACUGUACAAAGUGCAAGAAAGUAAUUCACAGAUGAGAUGACUUCAGGACACAUCUGGGAAAACAUGGUGUGGAGCUGACACAGAAACCCCCAGAUGAAAAAACAAGCAACUUGGAUACACUACAUGUUAGUGACUCAAAAGGAGACACCAAGUUAUUGUGCCAAAAAUGUGGGUUACUGUUUACCACCUCAUCAAAUCUAAGGAGGCAUGAGAGGCAGCAACAUGGCUCACAGGAACAACCCAUGCUUUGCAUAGAUCAAAAGAAUGGGAUCUAUGUAACACCAAAGAAUCCUCAUGGAGCAAGACUUCCAAUCCAUGUCUGUAAGUGUUUCGAAUCACAGACCUUCCUUUGUGAACUGGAGUCAUGCAGGGAUUUCAUGGGGAUAGCUACCAGAAGCGGAAAUCCUGGAAAAGAAUGUCAUCACCUUGAAAGAACCAGGAAUGCACAGGUCUACAGUCCACCCCCAGCACUACGCAAUGAUUCACUACAAGAGAUGGUUGAAAAAGGCCUUAUUUCAAAGUCGAGGCAAGAGGACUGUAUGUCUUUAAAACAGAAAGCAUUUUUGGCUGAAGUAGACUGUGUCUUCCCUGUUUUUUGGGGAGAUUAUGGACUGUCUGAGAGGUAUAUCUACUUCUCUGUGUACACUGGUCAGAAGGACAACUGGUGUAUGUUUGCAAGGACGCAUGUCACUUUUGACACCAAGUCAGACAAAUGGCAUUGCCAAUGCAGAGGCACAAAGAACAGACUGAGUUGUGUCCAUAGAUAUUUAUCUAUGUGGUGGAUCUUUCAAGAACGUCCACAGCUGGUGCAGAAUGCUACAGAAACUAAUGCAGACGAAAUUGAAGAUAUCGAAGAACUCGUUUUGGAUAAGAAAAUGUGUUUCUUAUAG